AUGCAAAAAAAACUUGAACGUAAACAACGUCUUAUGCAUGAAUUGCCAUAUUAUGCACAUUUUUCACCAUGGCGUAAACAUUUACAUGAUCUAUGCAUUAGUAAAUAUUUUGUUUUAAUUAUUGCUGUUAUUAUUGGUUUUAAUGUUAUUACAAUGUCACUUGAAUUUUAUCCUACACCAUUUGACUUGGAUAAAUUGCUUGAAUAUUGUAAUUAUGUAUUUACGUUUGUAUUCUUACUUGAAUUUAUAUGGAAAAUUGUUGCACUUGGAUCAUCACGUUAUUUUAAAGAUAAGAUACUCAAACUACUGAAAAUGGCCAAAGGUAUUCAAGCUCUAUUAGAUACUGUUAUGCAAGCUCUUCCACAAGUUGGAAAUUUGGGUCUUCUAUUUUUUCUUUUUUUCUUUAUCUUUACUAUACUUGGUGUUGAAUUAUUUGGAAAAUCAGAAUGUAGCGAAGAACAACCAUGUAGUGGUCUCAAUAAACAUGCACAUUUUAAAAAUUCUGGCAUAGCUCUUCUUACAUUAUUUCGUAUAGCAACAGGUGAUAAUUGGAAUGGUAUUAUGAAAGAUUCAAAUACGAUGAUAGCUGAUGAUGCUGAAAUGGAUGAAGAAAUUGAACGACAACUUGAAUCUGAUGUACAUGAUGAAAAUUAUGUUGGUCAAUUAUUACUAGAUGUGAAUGCACUUGAUGUAAAAGAAAAAGUAAAAUUUACAAAGUUAUAA